AUGGGCUGUGCAUCUUCUUCUGCUAUUCCAAAACUACCGGAAACGUACCACCAACUAGCACCCGUUGAAGCAAAAUUAUGCGCUUCUGCGAUCACGACGCUUCGUUUGCGUGACCGUUUCUGGGAUUCACCUAACGGUGAGGAUUUUGUAAUUUGCAACACUGAAUGGGGCCACGAUGUGUUCCGUAUUCAAGGAACAACGUCGGCCAUGAAAACGUUACGUGACCCUCUUCGUAAUCCACUCGUGCAUAUAAAACGCGAGCUUUUGGCUCCCACUCCGACCUAUAACGUAUACGACGCCAAGACUUCAGCAUCCAAAUUGUUUUCAAUCAAGGCAUUACCUGAGCUUAAUGUCGAAUUCCAGUGUCCUACUUUGGACCAAAAAUGCCGCAUUGGACUCACCGGCAACUGGGCGAAGCGUCAAGCUUCGAUCUGGAUGGAACAAGGACGGAAAGGUUCACGCACUACCAUCGGUCGUGUCUUCCGUUCGACUGCGAGUCGCAGCUCUGUCGCCACUACGCGCAGCUCCUCUUUGUCCUGUAGUCAAACAGAUGACGAGUACUUUCUUGCCAUUAUGGGUGGGGUAGAUAUGUCAAUGAUGGUACUCAUCUGCAUCGCGUUGGAGCAGGCUCAUAGCGAGGAUUGGUAA